UCGUAUGGAGGAGCUAUGUUUAUGCGCUGGAAAAACCAUACGAUAAUGGCGACGGAUAGGCCGUGGUGAGCUAGCUCGCGGCAAUAGUCAGAAAAUACUGUUUAUCCUCUGUUUAUUUUAACGAACCCGAGGAAAGUAGUAAACUUUAGAAAGCGGUCGUCGCCAAAAUGCAGAUCACGUUGAAAACCCUUCAGCAGCAGACAUUUAAAAUUGACAUUGAUGGAGAAGAGACGGUAAAGGCGCUAAAGGAAAAAAUUGAGAAUGAGAAGGGGAAAGAUGGUUUUCCAGUGGCAGGACAGAAAUUGAUAUAUGCAGGUAAAAUCCUUAAUGAUGACACAGCCCUCAAGGAGUACAAGAUUGAUGAUAAAAACUUUGUGGUGGUCAUGGUGACCAAGCCUAAAACAGCACCAUCAGCUAGCCAGCCUUCCCCUGCUAGUAGCACAGCCACCCCGUCCCCUGCCCCGGCCGCAACCCCCGCCCCCGCCCCCAGCGCCACCCCGGCUGCCCCAGCUGCCCCUGACACACCCCUUCCUGACAGCGCCAGCAAGGAGGACCCGCCCUCUGAGGAGAAGGGCUCCACAAGCGCCCCACCUGCCCCCUCACCUGUCAGCUCAUCAGGCCUGCCGACAAAUGCCAACAUAUUUGAAGAGGCCACGUCUGCACUUGUGACAGGACAGUCGUAUGAGAACAUGGUGACGGAGAUCAUGCUGCUGGGUUACGAGCGGGAGCAGGUGGUCUCUGCGCUCCGGGCCAGUUUCAACAACCCAGACCGAGCCGUGGAGUACCUGCUAAUGGGUAUCCCCACUGAGAGCGAGAGCCAUGCUGUGUCUGAAUCUGUACCUGUGGGUGGAAUUACAGCUGCAAGCACAGGGUCCUCUUCCUCCCCCUCCAGCACCACUCCCGCAACACCUGCCUCUGCUACAGGGGCCAAUCCGCUGGAGUUUCUGCGUAACCAGCCCCAGUUCCAGCAGAUGAGACAGAUCAUCCAGCAGAACCCCUCUUUGCUACCUGCCUUACUACAGCAAAUUGGAAGGGAGAACCCACAGUUACUGCAGCAAAUCAGCAGCCACCAGGAGCAGUUCAUUCAGAUGCUGAAUGAGCCGUCCCAGGAGGGAGGGGGGCAGAGCGGUGGGGAGGGGGUGUCCGAGGCAGGCGGGGGGCAGAUGAACUACAUUCAGGUGACCCCCCAGGAGAAAGAAGCCAUCGAGAGGCUAAAAGCGCUAGGAUUCCCAGAAGGGCUCGUUAUACAGGCGUACUUUGCCUGUGAGAAGAACGAGAACUUGGCGGCCAACUUCCUUUUACAACAGAACUUUGAUGAUGAUUAAAAGGGAGUUUAAUAAAAUGUAUUCAAUGAUUGUUCUUUUUUUGAUUAUAACAUAUUGGGAGACAUGGGCCUUUACUUUUCUUAGAUUUUACUGCAAUGUAUUUUCAUGGUAACACUGGAUUAACAUCUUUAUGCAAGAACUGAACUGUUUGGGAGUACCCUCGAUAGUUUAUUCAGUAAAAUGCCUUCCUUCAUCCCGACUUGUGCAACCCGUUUCUCUUUUUCUUAUAUUUGCAAAAAAACAAACAAAAAAACAUUUUUCAGGAAGAAAUAAAUAUGCUUUUAUUGGUCACUUUAGUAUGUCUCACAAAUUUUCAAGUGGGUGGGAAAGUAAAAUUUGGAAGGUUCUUAUAUUUUCUUAUAUCAGUAUUCCUGUUAACAAUAUAUUUUCUUUUUGUUUAAACGGUAGAGGACCCAGUGCUGUUUAAAUCUAUUUUAAAGUACAGUAAAAAAUUUGAAAACCAAA